GACCCUCUCGCCUCUCCUCGCUGCGUUCGGCGUCCGCCUCGGCUCUUCCUUUGUCUUCAUCAACCGCAGUUCGGCUUGCCCGCGGUCUCUGCUUUUUCUAGGGUUUCCGAUUCUGGCUGGAGGGCGCAAGAAGGAGCGAGCAAGGACAAGAGUAAGCGUCAGUUGAGUUUGGGCGAUCUCGUUCUUGCCAAAGUCAAGGGCCACCCUGCUUGGCCUGCCAAGAUUAGUAGGCUAGAGGAUUGGCACCAGACUCUUGACACGAAAAAGCACUUUGUGCAUCUCUUUGGAACACAAGAGAUUAACUGCAGUAUCGUGUUCAUGAGCGGCUCUCUCUCUCUGGUUUUUUUGGUAAACCUUAAGGUUAUUAGAUUGGCCCAGUUCAUCCACUCCCGGUCCCUCAUGCCCCUCUUCUCUAAAGAAGCAGACACUAGCACAGACAGAAGAAUGGAAGGGCAAUUUGUUGACUUCUGGAUAGCAUUCAUUCCAUUCAUUUAUUGCAGGAGGUGGAGGAGCUUGGAGGAGCAACUUGUUUUGAUGACCAGAAACAAAAAAUUUUCUACUUUGGAGGAGCUUGGAGGGGAGCAUGUUUUGUACUUUUUGUUGAGAAAAAUGUGGCAUCUUGCCUUGGAAUUAAAGUCAUGUGUUGCAUCCCAACAAUUACUAUUUGUACGUUAUAUCCUCUUUCUAUUAAGCGAAAUGUUACUUUCCAAUAACUAGCCAUUGUUGCAUUUAUUUUCGUUUUGUUUAACUAAAAAUGAAAU